AUGGCUGCCAAACUGUUGGCCAUGGCUGGCCUGGUUGGCGCGCUGAGCAUGCUGGUGGCCGCUGCCGAUGAUGCCACCUACACGGCUGCCGUCUAUCAGCACACACGUAUCAAGAUCAAGGGCAAUGCCACCGCCACCAAGCUGGCCAAUGUGGGCACAUAUGCCCCAGCUGCUGCGGCCGCACGCCAAGCGGGUGCUGACAUCAUUGUCUUUCCCGAAGUUGGCAUUGGUAGCAACGAGAUCAGCCGGGCCGAGAACGUGGCUUUUUGCGAAGACAUCCCCGAUCCCUCGGCCAACAUCACUCCUUGUCUCGAAAACGCGAGCUACUGCGCUGCCCGCCCGGCACUCUGCGAGUUGAGCUGCAUUGCCCGCCGAAACCAGCUGUACAUGGUUGUGGGCAUGAACGACAUCAAGCCCUGCCCCAGCAAUGCAACACACUGUCCCAAUGACGGCUUGCUGCUCUUCAAUACGGCCGUCGUGUUGGAUCGCAACGGUACCGUGGUCCAGCGCUACCACAAAAAGCACAUCUUCUCGCCCUUCCCCGUCUUUGACGUGCCCACACCGGCCGAGGUCAAGAGCUUCACAACCGACUUUGGCAUUACCUUUGGCAUCUUCAUCUGCUUCGACUCGCUCUAUCCGGAUCCGCCGCUCGAGCUCUACAAGCUGGGCCUCGAACACUUUGUCUUCCCAACAUCCUGGGUCAAUGUCGCACCCCUCCUCACCGCAACACAAAUGCAGCAGAGUUGGAGCCGUGCCUUCAACGCCACCCUUCUGGCCAGCAACACGGGAGCUAUCAGCACCAGUGGCAGUGGUAUCUACCAGUGCGGCAACCCGCUAGUAACCUACUUCAACGCCUCUGGCUCAGAUGCUUCCGACAGCCGCCUGCUCGUGGCACAAGUGCCCAAGCAGGGCUGCCGUGGUAACAACGUGAGCCCGUCAUCCUUUGCACCACAGCCCGUGCCACGCCUCGCAGCGAAUGCGGUCAACGACCAAGUCAACGACCAAGCCAACGACCAAGCCAACGAUAAUUGCGGGCGUGUCGGAGUCGACAAGUGCAGCUGCGAUCUCGUCACCAUGCAGCCCGGCGCCAAGGGACACCUCUCGGCCACGUUCGGUAACCUGCACUGCGAGGCAACAUAUGAGUUUGCCGAGAACCAGACCGCCAGUGGGGAAUUGUUUGGCUUGCUGGUCUACUCGGGCACCGAGUGGUUCAUCGAAGCCCUUCCGGUUCAGUACUGUGCCUUUGUCAAGUGUGCCAGUCCAACGGCCUGCGCCAUCGCUGACGUGAACGACAACCCGGUGCUAUACUUUUCAGACAGCUGGGUUCAGUCCGUCAGCAUUUCUGGUGCGUCUUGUACCCAUUCUCCACCUUCUUACGCUUUGACCUCGCUCCAGCUUUGA